AUGACGACAACAGACGCUACGAUAACGACAGAAGCGAAGCAGGACCCCGUGUUUCUCCUGAAUGGAGAUGGACCCUACGUCAUGCCCCAGAAGUACAUCUUCAGCAAGGCGCACCUCGAGGCAUUCACGCGGAGCAAGACGCACGACGCGAUUCUCGGCUUCAUCGACGAGCUUAAUGACACGGUCGUGGGCGUCAAGCUCUCCGAGGCAGGAGAGCCUUCAGAGAUUCUGGACGACGUGCUCGAGGCAGCGAAGGCGACGCCGCCAGUAGACAACAAGCUGUCCCGAUUCGGCAACCCAGCCUUCAAGACGUUCUACGACAAGGUCACCGCGAGCUCGGAGAAAUGGCACAGCACGAUUCCGGGCCUGAAGCCCGAGGCCGUGUGCGAGGUGCAGGCGUACUUCACCGAGAGCUUUGGCAACCGUGAGCGCGUCGACUAUGGAUCCGGACACGAGCUGAACUUUCUCUGCUGGCUGCUUGUCCUGACCCGUCUCGGCGUGUUCACGCAGAGCGACUAUCGCUUCCUCGUCCUCGGGGUGUUCUGGCGAUACAUCCUCGUCAUGCGAUACCUCCAGAGCACGUACUGGCUCGAGCCGGCUGGGUCGCACGGUGUCUGGGGUCUCGACGACUAUCAGUUCCUCCCCUUCCUCUGGGGCGCGGGGCAGAUCAAGAGCCAUAAGCACAUGCGGCCGAAGGCGAUCCACGACGCCGAGCUCCUCGAGGCCUUCUCUCCGGAGUACAUGUACCUCUCGUGCAUCGCGUUUAUCAACUCGAUCAAGACGCACAGCCUGCGGUGGCAUUCGCCGAUGCUCGACGACAUCUCCGCCGUCAAGACAUGGGACAAGGUGAACAGCGGGAUGCGCAAGAUGUAUGCGGCCGAGGUGCUCUCCAAGCUGCCCGUGAUGCAGCACGCGCUGUUCGGGAGCAUCCUCUCCUUCCCGACGCCAGAGGAGGAUCCGGAGCUCGCGAAAGCCAUCGCGGACCAGGGCGAGGUGCAGCUCGACGCGCACGGCCAUGUGCACGAGAAGGGCUGGGCGAUGGACUGUUGUGGAAUCGCCGUGCCCAGCGCCUUUGCCGAGGCGGCCGCCGUCAAGGGAGGCGCGGCGCAGGUCCAGCCCCCGCCGUUCACGGCUAGACCGGGGAUCAAGCCGAUUCCGUUCGACUAG